UCUACGCUCGGUACAAGCACCGAGCGGCCAUGGCGAUCGACGGAGAACCCUUGAAGACGGAGAACCCCUCAGGCUCGUCGCUGAUGAAGCGGCAGGAAAUCUGCUUCUCCGCCGACGGUACCACGACCGCCGUCUGCGGUGGCGGCAUCCCGCACUCUGCUCAGAUAGGCGUGACCAGGAUGCUGCUGGUCAUAUCCACCGUUUUCAUUCUGCUCAACCUGCCCAGCUAUGUCACACGAAUCUACGUCUUCGUUCUCAGCUGGGGAGAAGCCGACUCCCAAGACGGUCCCAGCUCGGGUUCGCUGCCGUACAUCUUGCAGCGGUACUUCAUGCUGCUCUACUACACCAACUUCGCCAUAAACUUUGUGCUCUACAACGCCAGCUCACGAAUGUUUCGGCGGACCAUGUGCAAGUACUUUUGCGGCCGGUGGACGGCUGUGUGCUAAGGAAGCUGCGGAAAACGCAUCGUCAACAAUU